AUGUCGAAUACUCCCUCCAAGAACAUCCUUGACGAGCAAGAUGUUGCUGAUGCUGCUUCCUCCGUCAGUAAUACAGAGAAUUACACAAUCCACAGUGAUAAUGAACUGGUUGAUGAUGAUUUUGAGGGACCGGAUGCUGCUUCUGUUUACAAAUCAGUUUCUCAAUCCGAAACUGGUCAGAAGAAGAAGCAAUCCUGGAGAGAAAUUUUGACUUUGUCGUUUUCCUCUUUGGGUGCUAUUUAUGGUGAUCUUGGUACUUCUCCCUUGUAUGUCUUGAACUCGAUCAAGUACAAAGAAUCUCCUCCUAGCCAGAAAGACAUUUACGGAGGUAUCUCACUCAUUUUUUACUUGUUCACCAUUAUUGUUCUCUUCAAAUAUGUCUGUGUUGUUUUAUUUAUUGGUCCAAACAAUGGUGAAGGUGGCCAAGUUGCUAUCUAUGCAAAAAUUGCCAGGUACUUGAAAAUAGGUCCCAGGGCAGUCCACAUACCUGGCGCCCCAGAAAUUUCUGAUUUAGAAUUAAUUACUAGACAAGAUACUACCUCUUCGUUCAUGUCUAGCAAUUCUACCAAAUCAAGAAUAAACAAAAUUAAGAACAGUCCUGUGAUUACAAUGAUAAUGCAAGGGUUUAUUUUGUGUGCAUGUUUCUUGGGUUGUUCCUUGGUUUUUUCAGAUGGGUUAUUAACCCCAACUACUUCUGUUUUAUCGGCAGUUGGUGGUAUCCAAAUAGCCAAGCCAGACUUUAAUGCAGUUUUGGCGGUUUCUGAGGUCAUUCUUAUUGCUUUAUUCGUUGUUCAGCAAUUUGGCUCCCACAAGAUUUCAUUUACCUUUGCUCCCAUUGUGUUCAUUUGGUUGAUCGGUCUCAUAAUCUGUGGACUUUACAAUAUCAUCAAAUAUCACCCUGGGGUUUUCAAAGCCUUGUCUCCAUACUACGCUAUAGAACUUCUCAAAAGUGGUGGCAUUGAUUGCUUGGGGGGAGCUAUGUUGGCAAUAACUGGUACUGAAGCAAUGUUUGCUGAUAUUGGCCAUUUUGGUAGGCUUCCAAUCCAAUUAACUUUGGCUUGUUUUGUAUACCCUGCUUUGAUGAUUUGUUAUUUGGGACAAGGUGCUUACAUUGUUACACACCCCGAAGCAAUCGUUAACCCAUUUUAUUUGUCACUUCCAGGAGGUACUGGUAGUGGACCUUAUUGGAUUAUGUUUGUAUUGGCCAUAUUGGCUACUAUCAUUGCAUCGCAAGCCUUAAUUCUUUCUGUGUUCAGUAUUAUUUCACAGUUAAUUAAUUUGGACUGCUUCCCUAACUUGAAAAUUGUUCAUGUUUCUAAGCAUUAUGUUGGAAAAGUCUACAUUCCAACUGCCAAUUGGAUUUUAAUGAUUGGUGUUAUUGCUACAACUGCUGGAUUCAAAAAUAGUAACAACGUCACAGCUGCCUACGGAUUGGGUAUCACACUCGAUUUCUUGGUCACUUCACUGUUGAUCAUAAUCUGUUUGUUCUAUGUUUACAAUGUGAACAUCAUCUGGUGUGUUCUUUUCUUGGUUAUCUUUGUGCCUUUGGAAAUUUGUAUGGUAAUUGCAAACAUAAAGAAAAUUGUCCACGGUGCUUGGUUCCCUAUUAUGAUGGCUGGUAUCUCGUUCAUUUUCUUAAGUAUAUGGAGAUGGGCUAGAUCAAGAAUGGUUAACCAGGAAAUCAGAACUAGAAUAAAAAUUGAAAAUAUUUACCCAAAGUAUAAGAAAACUCCUGUUGUUAUGAACUUGAAUUCUGGUGUUGCUUUCAAAGAUGAGAUCGAAGAUGAAGAAGCAGAAAUGUCUGUUGACUCCAAAUUUGGUAGAACUCCAUUGGUGAGACAUGAUGGUAUUGCCAUAAUGUACAACGAAUCUACUUUACAGAGCUCGUUCAACUCCCCCAAUUCUGUUCCAGCACUAUAUGGUAAGAUUGUAAGAUCAUUUUCGUCGAUUCCUUCAGUUUUCAUUUUCUGUUCAAUCAGGGUUUUAUCGAUUCCAGUUGUACCAAGUCAAGAAAGAGUCUUAAUUGCUUCAACAAAGAUUCCAGGUCAUUAUAAAUGUAUUCUCAGAUACGGUUUCACAGAACAACUUGUGAUUGAUAAGGAAUUGAAUACUCAAAUUAUUUAUUCUAUUCCCAACAUUUAUGAUUUGUUGCAGAAAUAUAACGGUAUGGACAAAUCAAUUUUGAUAAAGCCAGAUAAUAUUCCAAUCUUGCACAUUUUUGAACACAAUUUGGUUCGGUGUCACGAUUAUUCUUAUGAUGAACUCAAGACCAAUAAUCCGUUUGUUAUAAUCAAGAGAGUAGUCAGAAGAGCUUUAAUCGACCAUUUCUUCGGCCCAAUUAGUUCCAUAACACAACCAAGAGGUCAAUUUGUUAAGUUGAAAAACGAAGAAGAAGAGGUAAAUAAUAAGAUAUUUAUUGGAUCUGUUGCUAGAAUUUAG